AUGAAUACUGAGGGGGACUCGCAGGUCGACGGCGACGUCAUGGUUGACUUUGAAUCUUACUACAAGUACGGACUGGCCGAGGCACUGAUCGGAGAUUUAGCCCUCGGCGACGACACGGACGAAUGUCAAUGCUCAGACUGCAUGAACAAUGAUGCGUUGAGGAGGACGUAUCGCGUCUACUAUGAUAACAAGACGGGUGAUGAGGGUGAGCAGUGGGAGGCGGAACAGACCAUGUUAUGCCCGCCGCGUCUGUUGGGCUACGUCCUCCGGGACAAGCAAUGGGCCCAGCUCGACGUCAAUGGGAUCAUCGGUCUUCCGGAAGGAGGAGACGAUGAUGCCUUUUGGGAGAAGUUGAAGUUGGCGGGAGAGGAUGGCGGCAUGGAAACGAAGAAGCUGCUCCACGGACUGGUCAAGAAUCACGGCAUCAGUGAGACAGGAGGCGGCUACCAGCUGAAUGACAUCGUGCCGGAGAAGGGCAAGGGCCUGGUCAUCCUCCUUUACGGACCUCCAGGGGUGGGCAAGACGUCGACAGCUCAAACCAUUGCCGUUGCGGCUCGGAAGCCUUUGUUCUCCAUCGGAGUGGCCGACGUGGGUACUUCUGCGAAACUGGUCGAAUCCAAUCUCGAAAAGAUAUUUGACCUGGCGACAACAUGGAGGGCCAUCCUUCUCAUUGACGAAGCAGAUGUCUUCUUACAAAGCCGAGCACGAGGACAGAUGGGUCCGACAACGGAACGAAAUGCUUUGGUCUCUGUUUUCCUCCGAGUUCUUGAAUACUAUCAAGGAAUUCUGAUCCUGACGACCAACCAAAUCGCACAAUUCGACGUGGCGGUUCAGUCCCGAAUCCACAUCGCCAUCCGCUACGAAGGACUGGACAAGAAACAGACGGUCGACAUCUUCGAGGGCUUCCUGGAGCAAUACAAGGCCAAAGGACUUGUGCAGCCCAAGACGUACGCGGACAUUAUGAUCUGGGUGAAGCGAGAACUGUACAAGAAGAAAUUCGACGGUCGACAGAUUCGAAAUAUUGUCACCUCGACCAUGGGAGUGGCCUCAGCCGAGAGCCGGCAGAUGACUAUGGAGGACUUGAACAAUGUUGUCACCAUCAUGAUGGCCUUCAAGGGCGAUCUGGAAUAUCAAAUGAGGCAGUAUGAAGCAAGAGCUCGUCGAGCAUUGGGCUCCUGUAAAGUGAUUCCGGCGCCGUGA